AUGAAAGCCUUCAUUGCCUUAGCCUUAAUCGUGUCGGUGAGCGCCAUUCCCCUCCAGGAGCUGGACAGCGAAUGGAUUGCUUUUAAGAAUCAAUUCCGUAGUAACGGUUUCGGUGGUGAGGUCGAGGAGGCUGAGCGCCGGCAGGUUUUUGAGGCCAACUAUGCGUACAUCAAAGCCCAUAACGCCGAGGCCGACAACGGUGUC